CGCCCCGCCCCCUUCCCUGGUCCUGGGCGCAGCGGAUUGGUCAGAGCGGGCCCACCGAACCCGGAAGCGUUGCUAUGGCGGCGGCGGGGGGCCUGGUGGCGGUGCUGGAGACUCACCGGGGCAGAGACCGAGCGGUGCGCACCAUCUGCUAUGGUUGCCAGCUGGCCGGAGGGAGUUUGGUGGCCAGGAGAUGGCCAGAAGAGUCGCCACUCGGCCGCAGCCUCCUGGCUGUGUCCGCACAGUUGAGCCACUGCCGGACCGUCCUGCGCCUUUUCGAUGACCUCUCCAUGCUUGCCUACAGCCGCCAGUAUGGACUGGGCCUCAAGGUAAGUAGCUCAUACCCCAGAGGACAGGAUCAAAAUUCAAAACGACCUGAAUAG